UGCAAUGUUCAUUGCUCGUAAACAUUUUUUUCAUACGACAAGACGCCUACCUAAUGGUUUUUAAAGCAGCUAAUCAAACUUGAAAUAUAAUGUCAUGUAUGAGUGAUUUCGCAACAUUAGGUAAUCAAUUAGUCAAAGGAAAAACUAACAAUUGAAUCAGAAAAGGAGUUGGUGGAUAUAUGUAGCAGAUUCAGUUGUCAUAUGACGGGCAUUAUGAGAGGAUCAUCUCUUCAAGUCUUUACUCUUUUGCUGAUUAUCAGUGUGUGUUUGGGCGUUUGGGACUGCCCGAAAAAAAUCGAUGAAAAAUUAAAACAAUGUGGAGUAGUGAUGGUGACAUGGACUGACUGGUUCAGCAGAGACGACCCGAUGGAUGGAGUUGAAAAUGAAGACCUUGCUGGUCAAGUUAAGAAUAUGUCACUAAUGUGUCAGACUUCCAGACUAGGGGCCCAGUGUAGAGUCAAAAAUACUGACAAUUAUGUUGUCAGUGGGGCGGAUACAUUCGGAGAAGUAAAACUAAAGUUUCCAUGGCUGUGCGUUCCAGACAGAGGUCUAAGAUGUCUGAACAGUGAGCAAGAUCCUGGUGUAACAUGUCCAGAUUUUGAAAUUCGUUAUCUUUGCCCGGACAGAUUGCCAUAUACUGGAUCGAUGAGCAGUAGACAAGAUGAUUAAGUACUUGAGUUGUAUUACUUUUGUUUUUGUUUGAGCGUGCAAUAAAGUUUCUUACGAUGUUA